UGGCAUGAAGACUGAAGUUGUUUUGUGAAUAUUACAAACAUGGGAAGACGAUAUUACUGUGAAUUCUGUGAUCGGGCAUUUUUAGACAAUCUGAAUGCGAGAAAGAAGCAUGUUGUGAGCAGUACGCAUCAACAGUUGCGGAAGGCCUAUUAUGACAAAUUCAAAACUAAGCAACAAAAGCUGAAUGACGAACUUGCAAAGCCACGAAUAUGCAAAUAUUUCCAGAAUUCAGGGAAUUGCCAAUUUGGGUCUAGUUGCCGAUACCGUCAUAUUAGCGAUGUCGAAAUAGAGACAAUAAAGAAAGAAAUUAAUGAAGAAUUAAAAAAAGAUGAAAUGAGCAAUAGAACUGUCAAAAACUGGCUUUCUUUAAACAAACAAAAACAAAUCAGCAAAGAAAAGCUUGAGAAAACUGGUUGUGCUGCGGUCUCUGAGCGGAAAAUCCCUGACAUCCCUCAAACAUCAACUGUACUCCCAGAUUCUUUGAAGCAGUUGCCCUUUCUUCCUUUGUCGAUGCAACCACCUCCAGAAGAUGAUUGGCCACGACUUAAUGAGGUUGAAUGGGGAUGAUAUGAUUGGGACUUUUGACAUGGAUUUCAUGUUGAUCAUUGGUCCUUUGUAAGGCUUGCAUGAAUUGUAAAACAGAGGAGACAAAAAGUGGUAUCUGUGCUGGCGGUGAAUUGAUGCUCAAUCAAGAAUUAUUAUUAAGGCAUUGGAUUCUUUGCGAUUUCAAGGCAAUAUAAAUUACAUUGGUGAAAAACUGUGAAUCAGCGUUCUAACUUGAAAAAUCUGGAAUCAUCUUAAAUUUGGACAUAAAUUGGUGCUCCAGAAGUGUGUGUACCAAUAUGGAAGUAACUUAUUUUGUUCGCCUACUUUACAUCAGGUUGUGUGAAGGGACUGAAACCUAUGGGCAGGGGUUAUGGUAUAUUCACUUGGCUAACAGAGACAGUCCCUGAACUCGUAAUAAACCUAAAAUAAGGAAAAUUCGGAAGGUUAUGGCCUUACCCUAACCUGGUACACAUACUACGGGAGCACCUAUAAAUUAUUGUUUUGGUCAAUGGUACAUAUGAAAUCAGGACAGAGAACUCAUCUAUGAUUAUAUUUAUUGCCCAG